ACACUUAUUNGAUGGAUUUGGUUGUCACUUUUGGGUUUUACUCUGAAGUUUUGGGCGAAGAAUUCAAGAUUGGUUGUUGUGAAUUUAUAUUGCGAGCUCAUAGCAACUAUAAAUUUUUCCGUGAGGCUACUGAACUUUUUCCUUUAUCUCCGUUUAGUUAUAUUCCCGACACUUCAACAGCAAAAGGAGUCUUCUUUGAAUUUGUAUUUANGAAGAUCUUUCGCUUUCGCUUAUNAACUUUUCUUCAUUCUAAUUCCUCGCAGAUUGUACAUUCUGCUAUUCCAGGAAUUUUCCAGGGUUCUUUUAUUGAACAGGACAAUGUUUCGUAUUCUANAGAAUCAACAAAAUCUAAUGAUAUACCCAUCUNGAGAAAUGUCUCUCGUUCAUUUUCUGACCAUUAUAGAAAAUAUUUACAACAUUGUGGUAUUUUUGUUCCAAAAGAGGGCAAUUCGAGUGGUCCUGAUGCAUAUGUUGUAUUCCAUAAUGGACAAACACGUUAUGUUGUUGGAUUUUCAUUCAAAUUUUAUCACAAAACUGAAUUUUCGAAAACAAAUAUUAAGGAAGAAGCAAAAAAAUUUUUUAAGGGAGUUGUUUCCGUUUNGAAUGACGAAUCUUUUUCAUCUGUUCAACUUCGUUUUCAGUUUGUGGNAGUAUGUACUAGAUAUGAUCAAUCUGNAGGUUUCUCUACCGAAGAACAUAAUAUUGUCGAAGAUGCAAGUCGUUUUGNGACUCAACAUUCUUCGGGAUCAACUUNGAAUGAAAGUAGUCGAUCAUGUCUGCAAUUGGNAAUUGUUUCUCAAAGGAACCUUGAAAUAUAUUUGGGAAGAGAUAAUGUCGAAACAUNGAGGAAAAUUGGGAAAGCAAACCGAGGAGAGUUUUCUAAAAACUUUUCAGUAUGGUGUGAAACUGUUUUUGAGUCGAUGUCCAAUGAAUAUCUUUCGCCUUUGGAGCAAUCAAAUGUUAUUUCAAGAGUGGCUCGAAAUANAAGACCGAGAACCAAUGAGGAGAAUAGGAUGCAAGUGGAAGAGCUUCAAAGUGCUAUGCAAGUGGAAAGAGGAGAUGCACGAAGCGAACAAAGGGUUGCAGCAUCCAGUUCUUUGUCUUCGUCAUUUGAUUGGAAUACUUUCCNAAGAGACCGUUGUGGUCUUUCUGAAGAGGAUGUUGCCUAUUGUUUUAGGAAACUUUCAAGGUUUGGCAGAGUUUCGCUUUCCAGACUUAAUGAAGAUUCAUUACUUCGCAUGGGUAUCAAUGAUCCCACCGNAANAGCCAAACUGCUUAGUGGCAUUACUGAAGAGUUUUCUUACUAACUUUAGAAUAUGAACGGAUCCAUUAACCGCAUUUUUUUUCUUAAAGCCAUGGAAAGAAUAAAUAAAGUUUGGAGGAAGCUCUCACUAUCGGAAACUAGUUGGAUUGAUAUGAAAUUGACACUGAUCGUUAUUUUAGAAUACUAACCAGGAACUUUUCCUUAAAUGGGCAUUGUUGAACCACAACUGACAAGCUUUUAUAUCUUAUUGCAAAGAGUUCAAGUCAUUCCUUUAUUAAGUGCAGAACGAUUUUCUUAUGACGACGAACAUUCAAAAGAAACUUUUGGGAAAGGAACAACAUCAGUGUGCUUAUAUGACAAAGUAUCGUUAAAGCUUCUGCGAGGACUAAAAGAAUUCACGGCCUCUUUUUGAAUGGUCUUGUCUCAUGAAUAAAUGGAGUUAUGCUGCAGGUCACUCGAAUAUACUCAUAACAGAUGAAAGUUCCAUUUGAGAAUAUUUUGUGCAAGAAAGAGAAAGGGAUUACUUGUCUUCCAAACAACUCUACAAACUGCUACUCGAAAGAAAUAGACUCGAUAAAAUGGCUUAAAACUGGAAGCAAUGCAAAAUCACUUGUGAAAAAAUCUAUUCUUUGACAAAGAAACUGAGAGAGCUUUACCAGGAAGAAUUAUCACUAGCCAAAAUGAUUUCUUCAAUGGUUCUUAUUUGGUUAUGAAGAAUUUGUAUUG